UAUAAAUACGCAAAAUGCAUGAGCAAUUCCUCAUACACUUUCAUGCUACUUUAAUCAUAAAUCACUCCCACACUUCAUCUAAACAAAGCUUCUUCUAAUCCAUUAAAUUAUAUCUCAUAAUCAUUAUGGCCAAGCAAAAGGUAGUGAUCAAAUUGACUAUGAAGAACCAAAAAUCAAGGUCCAGUGCCAUGAAGAUUGCAGUUGGAGUUUACGGAGUGGAAAGUGCAGCUAUACAAGGAGAUUCCAAGGAUGAAAUAGAGGUAACUGGAGAAGGGAUAGAUUCAGUUAAACUCACAAGGCUGCUAAGAAAGAAAUUUGGCUAUGCAAAUUUGGUAAGUGUUGGUGAUGUGGAAAAGAAAGAGGAAAAGAAAGAAGAGAAAAAAGAAGAGAAGAAAGAAGAGGUAAUUGUGGCAUGGCCUAAUGGUGUUCCUCAUUUUAAUUACCCUGUGUGUGAGAUUAUAAGGAACUCGUAUCAAUAUGAGCCUUGUAAUUGUUCCAUCAUGUGAAUGUCGUCAACGGGUUUCAAAAGAAGAAAUUGAUAUAUUAUUAUUAUAAAAUCAAGAAAACAUGCAUAAAGUAUGUAUAUAGACUUUUUCCCAAAGCUAGUUAGUUUAAUAACCAAAUUCUUCUGUCUAUAUGUAUAACAUCGUACAUGGUUUUCAUUUAAACGACACAUAAGAUAAAAUUAUCAUGAUUCAUGAUUUAAUAAUUAGAUAUAAAACAUGAUUCAUGAUAAAAAAAAAUCUUUUAAUAAUUAGAGAUAAAUCUUAGAUAUGUUUAUGGCCCUUUUAAACAUUACAAUAAUUGUUUUUUGUUUAA